AACGAAUUCACUUCCUAUACGCAUGCGUUAUCUUGAUCAUCCGGGUAAUUUUCAAGAUGACCGCUUCCAUCAAAAUAUUUCCAAGUUUGAAAUAUUUUUCGAAAAAUCGUAUUACUCAUUGUGUAAAACCUUAUUCUGGACAAUCAUUAUACUCAACAACUAUAUGUAGUAUAUUUAAAGAAGAUGCUGGUAUCUCAAGACAUGACAAUCAAAGCAUCCAGAGAUAUUCAAGUUUUUCAAAUUUUGGAAGAGUAAAUAAUUCACCUUUUUUCAGGAACUUUGUUCCAUUAGGUCGACUAUCCGAAGCGGAGUACACUACUGAUACAAAUUGUAAAGGCUAUCUUAAAAAUUGCAGAGUGUUGAACUUUAGAAAUAAACAUGUUGAUGAUGCAUGCAAAAACAUACCCUCUCAUCUAUCUGCAAAUCAUUACAUGUAUUAUUCAACUGACCCUGGACUUGCUCUGAAGCGAGAGAUAGAAAGAAUAACAGAACAGUUUAUGGAGGCCCGUGAAAUGCUAGAUGAUUUGGAAGAAAGCAUAGGAACUGUAUACUUCAGUGAUGACCUUUUAGAAGCAGAAGUAGCUGUCAAAGACACAAUCAAAGAAUAUGAGGACUUACUGGAGAAAUGUGGUGAGGAACAGAGAAUACAAGCUACUCAGAUAAUGGGCCUUAAAAUGGAAGAACUGAAGGGACAUAUGGCAAUGAUCUAUGACCAAAUCAAAGACUAACUAAAAGAGACUCAGAAUGUUCUUUCCACUUGGCGUUAAUUUGAGAAAACCUUUACACAAUGAAUUCAAAAUAGUUGGACUAAAGGGAAAUUUCCAGUAGGUUAGAAAGUAGGAGUACAGUUUGUAUUUAUCAAGCCAAUAGUAAUACUGCAAGUAAUUUAAAAUACAAAUAAACUGUCGUUGUACUGAUGCAAAUAUUUUUUAUUUAUACCAAACAUUUUUAAUGCAAAUCGAAAUCUGAACUUAUGAUUGAGAUAUUAAUAGAUUUGUGUUGGAUAUCACAAGUAUACCCAUAAGCCUACAUACCCAUGGAUUUAAAGUUUUUUUAAUGUUGAGUCUGUGUUAACUAAAAUGGGUUUUAUCAUAAGAAUCUCUUAUUAAAACAUCCCUUUAUUUCAUGAACAUAAAAAAGGCUUAUUAAAACAGGGUAAUGUUAUACUGUAUACUGUAUGUAUCAACUUUUAAAUGGGAUGUGUUUACCAGAUCAUGAAAUAGAUAAAUAGAUUUUGUAGUUAGUGAACUAUGCAACUGUUCAUUAUGGUCCGCAACUUGUACUGCCAAUAGAUGAGGAUAUAUCUUCCUUUCUGUAAAUGUUGAAAAUAUAAAACAUUGUUGUUGACUCAAUAAAUGUAGUUUUCCUUUUUUUAUGUGAGAUCAUGAAUUAAAGCAUCAUAAAAUAGAAGUGAAAAUGAAUUGUUUACUCUUGACAAAG